AUGUCUUCCGGGGACAACUGCACAGACGUCACCCCCGAGUGCCCGGUCGAGCUCUCAGUGUACGGGUACCGCCCUAGCAUACCUGCAAAUGCAUUCUUUGCCGGCUUCUUCGGUAUCUGUUGCAUCGUGAAUCUGGGACUGGGCAUCCGAUACAAGACCUGGACCUACAUGAUCGCUUUAUGUCUAGCAUGUUUGACCGAAACAAUCGGUUAUGUCGGCCGAAUUUUGAUGCACGACAACCCCUUUGCCGACCCGGGCUUCAUGUCCCAAAUUUGCUGUUUAAUUAUUGCGCCUGCCUUCAACUCCGCCGCCAUUUAUCUCACCCUCAAACACAUCACCCUCUGCUUUGGACCAGAAUUUUCGAUGAUCAAACCUCGAUUUUACACCUACAUUUUCAUCCUGGCAGACUUUAUUUCACUUCUCCUGCAGGGGAUUGGUGGAGGGAUGGCGGCCAGCGCAGACGACGAAGACUCUCAAGAGCUCGGUGACAACUUGAUGAUGGCGGGUAUCUCCUGGCAGGUCGUCUCACUGUUCUUCUUUGCUCUCACGGUGAGCUGGUACAUCUACAAAAGAUGGACGGCGCUCCGGUCACAUCCUCUGUCGGCUGAGGCCGCCGCUACAAUCCAAAACACCAAGUUCCGACUGUUCGCUUUUGGCGUUGUUACUGCAUGGUUGACGAUCUUCAUCCGAUGCGUGUAUCGUAUCAUCGAGAUGGCAGGUGGUUGGGGCAAUGACAUCAUGCGUGACGAAGUCGGCUUCAUUGUUCUCGAAGGAGUCCUUGUCGGCACUGGCCACGUUGAUAAAGCAGCCAUCUUCAAUGCCGAAGGAAACUCGGUGUGGGCCACUUCUCCAGGCUUCAACGUGACGCCUGCGGAGAUGCAAGAAGUUGUCGGCGCGUACAAAGACACUUCACAACCAAAGAAAGUCCAGUCUACGGGAUUGCAUAUCGCCGGCCAGAAAUACAUCGUCAUCAAGGCCGAUGAGACCAGUUUGUAUGGAAAGAAGGGUCGGGAAGGGGUUGUCAUCGUCAAGACGAAACAAGCUCUCCUCAUCACACACUACCCAGAGACAAUACAACCCGGCACGGCUGCAAAUACGGUCGAGAAACUCGGUGCCUACCUCGUUGGUGUGGGCUAUUAA